GGAAAGACCGAGCUCUUCCCUCUGCUCGAAGUUAAUCAUCUGCUUGUAAUUAACCUGUGACCUCCCACGCCUGCGGCGUGCGCGGGGCAGUGCUGCAGCUUUAACGCGAGCGGUGGAAGCAGGAGGGAGGACAGCAGUGCCAGGUCCGCCCCGAAGCUGCUGCAGAUCCCUCAGUGCUGCCCAGCCCUGGCCCUGGCAGCGCUGCCCGCCAUGGGGAGCCCCAGCCUCCUGGCCGCCCUCCUCGCCGCCGCCAUCGCCUCCCUCCUGCCGCUCCCCGCUGCCCCCUCGGCCCACCGCAAGCUCCUCGUGUUCCUGCUCGAUGGCUUUCGCUUCGAUUACAUCGACGACAGCGAGCUGGAGGGUCUGCCGGGCUUUCGGGACAUUGUGAACAUGGGGGUGAAGGUGGAUUACAUGACCCCAGACUUCCCUAGCCUCUCCUACCCAAAUUACUACACGCUGAUGACGGGUCGCCACUGUGAGGUCCAUCAGAUGAUUGGAAACUAUAUGUGGGAUCAAAAGGCAAAUGUAUCUUUUGAUAUUGGUGUGAAUAAAGAAAGCCUGCUGCCUCUCUGGUGGAAUGGAUCGGAGCCUUUGUGGGUCACAAUGAUGAAAGAAAAAAAGAAUGUUUCCAUGUACUACUGGCCAGGUUGUGAGGUUGAAAUCCUUGGAAUCAGACCAAGUUAUUGCCGUGAGUACUUCAGUGUCCCAACAGACAAAAACUUUGCGGAUGCUAUCAGCGAUGCUCUCCAGUCUUUGCGCAAUGGCAGCGCCGAAAUGGCCGCAGUGUACUAUGAGCGUAUUGAUGUGGAAGGCCACCACUAUGGCCCUUUGUCCCAGCAGCGGAAAAACGCUUUGAAGGAGGUGGACAAAGCCUUGAGCAACAUGAUCACGCUCAUCAAGAGCAUGGGCCUUCAGCAUGACAUCAACGUCCUCCUCUUCUCUGAUCAUGGGAUGACAGACAUCUCUUGGGCAGACAAAGUGAUUGAGCUGAAAAACUAUAUCAAUAUGAGUGAUACAAUACAAAUGAAGGACCGAGGUCCAGUUGUGAGCCUCUGGCCAGCUCCAGGGAAACAUGUGGAGAUAUAUCAAAAACUGAAAGCUGUGGAACACAUGGAUGUUUAUAACAUACAGGAUAUUCCAGACAGGUUUUUCUACAAAAAAGGAAAAUUUGUGUCUCCACUAACUCUCGUGGCUGAGAAAGGAUGGUUUAUAGUAGAGAGCAGGGACAAGCUACCCUUCUGGGAGAAUGGGACGGGGAGGAAGGAGGCCUGGCAGAAUGGCUGGCAUGGCUACGACAAUGAGCUCAUGGACAUGAGAGCCUUCUUCCUCGCGUAUGGGCCAGAUUUCCGAUCCAACUUCCGAGCGCCUCCCAUCAGAUCCGUGGAUGUUUACAACAUCAUGUGCAGCCUGGCAGGAAUACAGCCGCUGCCCAACAAUGGCUCCUGGUCCAGGGUGGAGUGCAUGCUCCGAAACACGGCCCCCGUGGCACUGCUCCUCCCCUCUGGCAGCUGUGCCCUGGCGCUAGCCCUGCUCUCCCUGUUCGCUGAGCAGAUCUUACUGUGAUCCCCAAACAAUGUCAGUCAGUGUCACCAGCAACUCCAUCUUUCUCUUUUCUUUUAAAGUUCUUCAUUUGAAUAAUAGCUUCAUUAAUAGAGUGCUGUCCCCCACUCCUCCACUGUGCUCCUGCAUUUACAGUGGUUAUAAUAUGAGGCCAAGUUUUCUGCUGCUCCAGACACAGUCAAGGAAGUCAGUGUCACUACUCUGGGUUUUUGCACUGGCAACGAGAGCAGAAUCCCGGCUGGCUAUCUGCAGAAUUUUCUGGUGGGUGCACAUGGAGACCUCUGAGCACCAAAUGCAUCUUACCCCAGCAUCUUUAACGGAGAAGCUCACCCUGGCUCCAAGAACUGAGAAGCUCAGGGGUGGAGACAGACCUCUGUGCAUUUAAUUGGGUUCUUUCUGAUUCACACCUUCAUCUCCAGCUCCCUCACCAGCAGAGCCCCACCUUCCCCCUACAGUGCCAGCCAAGGCCCAUCUAUACCAACCCGCUCUUCAAAGAGCCAAGCACUCUGCUGAGUGAUCAUAAAUGCCAAGAGAGGUGGCUUGUUGGGAGAGCAGUAAGAGCAUCCUACUUGUCUCAGCCUUUCCUUCAUUUUCCCCAAAAGGAGCUCUGGCCCUGCAUGCCUCCAGGACCAGGCUUUCCUCACGGACCACAGCAGGGUGGAGGGUGGGGAAAGGGGAGGGUGAUAGAUAUUUUUCCACUUCAAAAACAGGAGAAAAGUGAAAAAGCAUCUAGACACACAGGGGUCAAGGAGAAAGUAGGAUUAGGAAGCCUAGCAUUUUACAGCCUCUGCUUUUUCUGGUAAAGAUAAUAUCAUCUGUUCAGGUUUUAGGGUUUUGUACCCAGUUGCAUUUCUGACAUUUUUGCAACACUUACUGUUUUUCUACUAGGUCUUGCUCUCUACACCUCUACCCAGUGAGCAGAAUGUUCCCCUUUAUUCUGCAUCAAGGAGAGUGGUCUACACUGAUGGAUCUCCCACCCUCUCAGUUAAUCCUAUUUCCACCACGGGCUAUCAAGCCCCAAGAAAGUUGUAAUGGUGAAGUUAAAUAGCAGGAGAGGACAGAACUGUUGUCAGAGGUGCCUUUGGGAGUGCUCAGCACUAUUUCUGAUAUACCUCUGAACCAGGAGCUUUCAGUGAUAAACUGCUUUUGGAAGCAUUUAGGUCAAUCCCCAUGCAAAAUAAACCUCUAGGACUUACUAUUCUUACGGAUCCAGAGACAAGCACGAUCCUGGUAUGUGUGGUACAGUGAGUUUAACGGUGAAUGAUUACACCGUGGAAAAAAAACCCAAACACCAAAUUAAACUUGACAAAAGACUUCUGUAAUAGCCGUAAAGAUUUAUGUAAUGUGUUUUUAAAGCUCAAGUGAACCAUCAAAUCAAUUGGGGGAAAAAAAGGGAGAAAAUCAGUCUUUGUUAUUAGACUGUUGAGUAUAAAAGGCAAUUUAGUGCUUUUGAAGCAUUUGCAGUAGCUGUAAAACAAGCACCUAUUGUUCAGAGUUCCCUGUUGCUUUUUAAUGGACCAGGCUCAAUGAAUUCACCGGAGCACAUUUUUAAGCAAAAAAAUUACCAGUAUACAAGAUAACCAAAUGACUAAAUUACCAAGUUUUGUUUGAAAAUCAACAGGAUAGAUAUUGCCUGCUAAUCCCUUCACAGCCUUCCAUUUUAACUCUUACCGUGAAAAGAACCCAAGGUCCUCUUACAGAAAAGAUCCUAAAAAUAUAAGGGUAUAUUCAGAUUCUCAGUUAUACAAGCAGAAAUUGGAAAUAACAAAUCAGAUCCAUUGAGUUGUUCCAGGGAUGGGCCAUGACACAUGACACCAUCAUUGCUCCUUGUGAGUACUUUGUGUAACUCAUUUUUGUCACAGUCCACAUGCAAAUGCUGCAGAGUAAAUCUUCUAAUUGCAAUAUGAUUUGUUUGACCUUGAUGCCAGCAUUGUGUGUAUGGCAAUACACCUCAAGAGAUACUUGAUCUGUAAAAGAGAAAUCUGAUGGUAGACCUACAAGAAGCUCUUCAGCUUCUGGAGAACUAUAGCCGAUUAUUUUAUGAGAAGUGCAUGUUUCUUUCUCAGAAAUGUUGUACCUCUGAAUCAGUUCACAUUCUCAUUGAAAAAUCAAGUGUCUUUACUCUUGCCUAUUUUUCUGUAUACUAUGCAAUGGAGGUGGGUGUAUUUUAAAACUUAUUUCUGAAUGAUGUUUUUAUACAAUGACUGAUUGUGAAUGAGUGAAUAAUUCCAAGAAUGGUGUUAGAAAAAAAUAUGCAUCUUUUUGUAAAUACUGUAAGAUUUUUGGAAAAAAAAAGAAAAAAAAAAAACAACCCACCCCUGUAACACCUUGCCUUUCUUAUGUGAUUGCUGCAUCAAAGUGUGAUAAACAGUGUUUGAAGCUUGUGCCAAUUAAUCAU